AUGGCAGAAAACUCAGACUUCUUGAAACCUUCAAUUCCAAAAUUUGACGGUUAUUAUGAUCAUUGGGCGAUGUUGAUGGAGAAUUUGCUCCGAUCAAAAGAAUAUUGGAGCUUGAUAGAGAAUGAAACAAUUCUUAAUCGUGAAACUGCACGUGAUAUUUGGAAUGCUAUGAAAUUUAAAUAUCAAGGUUCCACAAAGGUGAAACGUGCACAACUUCAAGCCUUACGCAAAGAGUUUGAGGUUCUUGAAAUGGGGGAGAGUGAAUCAAUAGAAGAAUAUUUUGCAAGAACCAUGAUAAUCACCAACAAGGUGACUUCUUGUGGUGAAAGAGUGGAACAAACCACUGUAGUUGAAAAAAUUCUUAGAUCAAUGACUGCAAAGUUCAACCAUGUAGUAUGUUCUAUUGAAUUAUCAAGUGAUGUUACCACACUCUCCAUUGAUGAGCUGCAAAGUAGCAUGAUAGUGCAUGAACAACGCAUGAAAGGUCAACAAAUCAAGCAAGAUGAGCAAGCUAUCAAAGUCACUAAUGGUGGCAGAGGCAGAGGAAGGGGAAGAAAUUCUAAUUCCUCUAGAGGUCGUGGUAGGGGAAGACAAAGCAAAGAGAAUGUUGAGUGCUUCAAGGGUCACAAAUUGAGACACUAUCAAAGUGAUUGUCCCAAUUUGAGUGAAAAUGUGAACUAUGCUGAAUUUGAUGAUGAAGAAGAAAUGCUCCUUAUGGCCAAAACUAAUGAUGAUGCAAAAAGUGAAAAUUGGUUUUUGGACUCUGCCUGCAGUAACCAUAUGGCAGGAAAUAGAGAUUGA